AUGCAGCGGAUUCUUCGCCACACGCUCAUUUUCGCGAUAGUUUCCAUCACUUCCUUUACAGCCCCAGUCUCAGCUUUUACCCACAACACUAGGGAGAGCAGCAGUCGAAGCUCAAAUUUAAACUCAGAAAAAGUUCAGCAGCGACAAUUGGCCUCUUCCCAACGCGGAGUUUGCGGGACAGAAGAACCGACUACGCAGCUAAAAGAUGCACAUAAACGGUUAUCACUGAGAGAAUAUCGACAUGCAGAAGGAAGUAUUGAUGGUAACGCCAGCCGUGCUACUGCCGACUCACUCCCUCGCAUAGAAGUUGAUACGUGGUUUCAUGUUGUUAGUACAAGUGAAAAGGUCGGUUUAGUGACGAAUACAAUGAUUGCUUCUCAGUUUCUGUAUCUUCAACAAGCAUACCAGAACUCGAGUAUACAUUACAAUCUCAUAGGUGUAGAUCGCAGUAUCAAUGAUACUUGGGCAAGAAAUGGGGACUCUGCAGCUAUGAAACGGACCCUUCGCAAGGGUUCAUAUAGUGCCCUCAACGUUUACUUCCAGACAGACCUUGAAGUAUCGGAUGCUUCAGGCGCCAGUUCUCGAAGAAACGGUCAUCAUCAUCAUCAUAUCCAGAACCUUGACAAAAGAGACGUAUUAUCAUCGCAAAAUCUCCUUGGCUUCUGUACACUUCCGAACCCUGAAAUCACCAGCUCCAGCUCCAUCGACGACUAUUUCAAUGACGGCUGCAAUAUCCUCGCCUCCACGAUGCCUGGUGGUUCAAUCGAGCACUACAAUCGCGGCGGUACUACUGUUCAUGAAGUAGGUCACUGGCACGGUUUACUACACACUUUUCAAGAUCAGACAUGUGCUCCGGGUGCGAAUGGGGAUUACAUUUCUGAUACGCCGCAGCAAUCGGUUCCGACGGAAGGUUGUCCUGCUUCGAAAGAUUCGUGCUCGGAUCUGCCGGGGAUGGAUGCCAUAUGGAACUUUAUGGAUUAUUCGUCGGAUGAUUGUUAUCGGAGUUUUACGGUUGAGCAGGCCUCGAGGAUGAGGAGUAUGUGGGCGACAAUGAGGGAGGGGAAGUAAUCAUCUACAGCUUGGGUCGCUGCAGAUAGUCUUAUCAUACGGCAAGCAUGUGCUGUCGAUAUUUACGGUUUAAUUAGAUAGUUAUACCACAGUCGAAAAGCUGAAUGAGAUACCAUGAAUCUUUUUUGCCCAUGACCAAUUUUCGAAUUACAUUGCAGUGAAUGAUGAGAACGUCACAUACCGUCACAAACUAACCGAUUUUAAGACAUUUCGAGAAAAGUAAAAUUAGAACCGGUGACAACAUUGACUAGAGUCACUAAGUCAUUAUCCCAAGACGUGACUAACGCUUACGCUUCUUGUUUCGUUCGUCAUCCAGUCCGCUCUCUCUAUCCUUCUUCUUGGCCUGUUUCUCCAACUCAUCCCAGUCCUCACCGCUCUCUUCGUCGACACUGAGAUCCUCGUCAGUAGCCUCAGCACUAGCAUCAUCAUCGAAGUCGCUAUCAUCCUCUGAACUCUCAUCCGUGGCGUUCAACUCGGAUUCAGAAAGUUCAAAAGCAGACUCCUCCUCAGAUUCGGAGUCUUCAGAAUCAGAUUCAGCGGCCAAGAAUGACCAACCUCCUUCGGCGAAGAAGCCGUAGGGAUCCGCAGCAACUGUCUUCAUGAUGGUGCCCCAGUUGAGGUUGAGAGGUCCUUCCGUGAAUGGGAUAUCCACCGAGUCAAGCCAAUCCUUGACUCCUUCCAGUGAUUCAACUGGAAUGGUAUUGAUAUGGAUUGGUGGCCGGUUGAAGUCCUUCAAGACAAAAACAAGAUCAAAGUUUUUCAGCCCGAACUAAAC